AUGAAGCCGGCGCGGCUGCUGCUGCUGCUGAGCGGGUGCGCGCUGCUGCUGGCGCCGACCGUGCGGGGCUGCGGGCCGGGCAGGGUGGUGGGCAGCCGCCGCCGCCCGCCCCGCAAGCUCAUCCCGCUUGCCUACAAGCAGUUCAGCCCCAACGUCCCUGAGAAGACGCUGGGAGCCAGCGGCCGCUACGAGGGCAAGAUCGCGCGUAACUCGGAGCGCUUCAAGGAGCUCACGCCCAACUACAACCCCGACAUCAUCUUCAAGGACGAGGAGAACACCGGCGCCGACCGGCUCAUGACCCAGCGCUGCAAGGACCGCUUGAACUCCCUGGCCAUCUCUGUCAUGAACCAGUGGCCAGGGGUGAAGCUGCGGGUGACGGAGGGCUGGGACGAGGAUGGGCACCACUCGGAGGAGUCGCUGCAUUAUGAGGGCCGAGCUGUGGACAUCACAACCUCAGACAGGGACCGUAACAAGUACGGCAUGCUGGCUCGCCUGGCCGUGGAAGCUGGCUUUGACUGGGUCUACUACGAGUCCAAGGCACACAUCCACUGCUCCGUCAAGUCAGAGCACUCGGCCGCUGCGAAGACAGGCGGCUGCUUCCCCGGGCGGGCGCUGGCGACGCUGGAGGACGGUGCCCAGACGCCGCUGUGGGCGCUGCGCCCGGGCCAGCGGGUGCUGGCGAUGGACGGGGCAGGCAGGCCCACCUACAGUGACUUCUUGGCUUUCCUGGACAAGGAGCCUCGAGCUCUCACCUCCUUCCACGUCAUCGAGACGCGGGAGCCGCCCCGGCGCCUGGCUCUGACGCCCACCCACUUGCUCUUCGUGGCUGAGAACGCCUCGGCGCCAGCCUCCCGCUUCCACCCCACCUUUGCCAGCCGUGUGCGCCCUGGACAUUUUGUGCUGGUGGUGGCAGGGGGAGGUGGCUUGCAGCCCGCUGAGGUGGUGGGGGUGCGGGACCGGAGGGACGUCGGAGCCUAUGCCCCGCUGACGCGCCACGGGACGCUGGUGGUGGAUGGCAUGGUGGCCUCGUGCUUUGCCCUGGUGCAGGAGCAUCGCCUGGCACAGGUGGCCUUCUGGCCGCUCCGUCUCUACCACGGCCUGGUGGGGUGGCCAGGGACGCAGGGGGAUGGUGUGCACUGGUACUCGUGGCUGCUCUACCGCUUGGGCAGGCUGCUCCUGCCCCCCGACAGUUUCCACCCUCUGGAGGUACCCCGGAUAGAGAGCUGAGGGUGCACCCUGGCUGUGGCCAGCGCUGCUGGUGGAGGCGGUGGCUGCAGGGUGGCUCGUCGGGGGCCAGCGCCCCCUCCCAAAGCUGAGUGCCCGUGGGGAGCUGCCUCCAGCCCUACCUGCUUGGUGCACAUCCACCUCCUGGUGGGGGAGCACCAUGACUCCUUGGUGUGCCUCUUCCGUGCCCACUGCCCCCUCCUCACUCCUUGUGCCUGGGGGAAGGGAGGUGACACAAAGGGUGCCCCUUGAACGCGGGGGUGCCCCUGGGUAGAUCCACAUGCUGCUAUUUUUGUGUGUGUGUGAAGUGUGUGUGUGUGUGUGUGUGUGUGUGCAGAAUUAGCUAACAAAGGAGGUCUUAUAAACAAGGGGGGGCAGGAAGAGGAGAGAGCCCCUGGCUGCAGGCUGCUCCCACAGGGCUUCCAGCCUGCCUGCACCUGACAGGGGCCUUUGGGAGAGGGGGCCCACAGCCCUUUUCUGGGCAGAAGUAUGGGUGAUGCUAUUCCCACCUCUGGGACAUGGCAGCUGGCAGGAGGGUGACCUGGGUACUGGGACUAUGUCUUGCCCUGACUAUGGGUGCCCAAGCAUGGGCAGGGCUGGAAGGGGGCAGCUGUGGCACAAAACUUCUGACUUAGUGACACAAGUGCUGCUGCAGUGAGAGACUGGGUAGUGGGGACCUCAAGCUCUGCCCAAAGCCAGUGCCACAGCCACCCAACCAGUCAUGCCCAUGGGGGGGGCUGUGACAGCAUGAAGUGCUCUGGCUGGCAAGAGGGGGCUGUGGAGGCAGAUGGGAGGGCAGGAGGAUACAAGCGUAGAGGGUGCAAGUGCCAGCUAGGGAGAGGCACACACUGGUGGAGCAGGGACAGGGAAAGCCAGGGCUGCAGCCCCAGCCAGCCAGAGCUGGGGGAAGCCAAGUGGCUGAAGAGAAAGUGAACCUUCCUUCCCUCCCUCCUUCCCUCUCUCUC